AUGCCUGUGAUGUGGCUGCUUUUAACAGCGGCUUGUUUGAUACCUGGAACCUUAAGCGCUGGUGAACUCUUGGAUUUUGAAAAUAAGAUAAAUCCGGAAGUGUGGAUGAAUGCUAGUGAAAUAAUCAUGUACAAUGGCUACCCCAGUGAAGAGUAUGACAUCACCACUGCAGAUGGGUACAUCCUCGCCAUCAACAGGAUUCCCCACGGGAGAGCACAAACUGGGCAGACAGGCCCCCGGCCGGUUGUAUACCUGCAGCAUGCCUUGUUCGCAGACAAUGCCUACUGGCUUGAGAAUUUCGCCAAUGGAAGCCUCGGGUUCCUCCUAGCAGAUGCAGGUUAUGACGUGUGGAUGGGAAACAGUCGGGGGAACACUUGGUCAAGAAGACACAAAACUCUCUCCGCAAAUGAAGAGAAAUUCUGGGCUUUUAGCUUUGAUGAAAUGGCCAAAUAUGACCUCCCGGGGAUAAUAGAUUUCAUUGUGAAUAAAACAGGUCAGGAGAAGUUGUACUUCAUUGGACAUUCACUCGGCACAACAAUAGGGUUUGUAGCCUUUUCCACCAUACCUGAACUGGCACAAAGAAUCAAAAUGAAUUUUGCCUUGGGUCCUGUGAUCUCAUUCAAAUAUCCUACAAGCAUUUUUACCAGUUUUUUUCUACUUCCAAAAUCCAUAAUCAAGUUUUUGUUUGGUACCAAAGGUUUCUUUUUAGAAGAUAAGAAUUCAAAAAUGUCUUAUAUUACAGUCUGCAACAAAAAGCUACUCCGACCAAUGUGUAGUGAAUUUAUGUCCUUGUGGGCUGGAUUCAACAAAAAAAAUAUGAAUAUGAGUCGACUGGAUGUGUACAUGUCGCACGCUCCCACUGGAUCAUCAGUCCAGAACAUUCUGCAUAUAAAACAGCUUUACAAAUCUGAUGAAUUCAGAGCUUACGACUGGGGAAGUGAGGCUGAAAAUAUGAAUCACUACAACCAGAGUCGCCCUCCCUUGUAUGACCUGACCGCCAUGAAGGUGCCGACUGCCAUUUGGGCUGGUGGGCAUGAUGUGCUCGUAACGCCUCAAGAUGUAGCCAGGAUACUCCCCCAAAUUACGAAUCUACGCUACUUCAAGCAAUUCCCAGAUUGGAACCAUUUCGAUUUUGUCUGGGGCCUUGACGCCCCUCAAAGACUCUACAGUAAAAUCAUAAGUUUGAUGAAAGAAUAUCUCUAA